AUGUCCUGUCUCUGCUGCCUCCUGGUCAGAUACCUGGUCCCGGCCCUCCUGCUUCAUGGUGAGUGGCUGGGUUCUACCUUCCUGCACCCGGACAGCAGAUCCCACCCCAAGUCUUUAGAGAAGAGUGCCUGGAGGGCUUUCAAGGAAUCCCAGUGCCACCACAUGCUCAAACAUCUCCACAAUGGUGCCCGAAUCACGGUGCAGAUGCCACCCACAAUUGAGGGGCACUGGGUCUCCACGGGCUGUGAAGUAAGGUCAGGCCCAGAGUUCAUCACGAGAUCUUAUAGAUUCUACCAUAACAACACCUUCAAGGCCUACCAGUUUUAUUAUGGCAGCAACCGCUGCACAAAUCCCACCUAUACUCUUGUCAUCCGUGGCAAGAUACGCCUGCGCCAAGCAUCUUGGAUCAUCCGAGGGGGCACUGAGGCUGACUACCAGCUGCACCACGUCCAGGUCAUCUGCCACACAGAAGCCAUGACCGAGAGGCUCAGUCAGCUGGUGAACCACACGUGUCCUGGGUUUAUCCCCCCUGGGAGCUCCUGGGCCCAGGAUGUCCCGAAUGACCUGUGGCGGGAGGAGAGUGGCUGCGAGUGCACUAGAGCAGUGAAUUUUGCAAUGCAUGAGCUUCAGCUGAUCCGUGUGGAGAAGCAGUACCUGCACCACAACUUCGACCACCUAGUGGAGGAGCUCUUCCUGGGUGACAUUCACACUGAUGCCUCCCAAAGGAUGUUCUACAGACCUUCGAGCUACCAGCCACCCCUACAGAAUGCCAAGAACCACGACCAUGCCUGCAUUGCCUGCCGUAUCAUCUACCGCUCAGAUGAGCACCAUCCCCCAAUCCUGCCCCCAAAGGCUGACCUGACCAUUGGCCUGCAUGGGGAGUGGGUGAGCCAGCGCUGUGAGGUACGCCCUGAGGUCCUCUUCCUCACUCGCCAUUUCAUAUUCCACGACAACAACAACACCUGGGAGGGCCACUACUACCAUUACUCCGACCCCAUCUGUAAGCACCCCACCUUCACUAUCUACGCCAGAGGGCGCUACAGCCGGGGAGUGCACUCCACCCAUGUCAUGGGAGGCACAGAGUUUGUGUUCAAAGUGAACCACAUGAAGGUCACACCCAUGGAUGCCGCCACAGCAUCGCUCCUCAAUGUCUUCAGCGGGAACGAGUGCGGUGCUGAAGGCUCCUGGCAGGUGGGCAUUCAACAGGAUGUGACACACACCAAUGGCUGUGUGGCCCUCGGCAUCAAACUGCCCCAUACAGAGUAUGAGAUAUUCAAGAUGGAACAGGAUACCCAGGGCAGGUACCUCUUAUUCAAUGGCCAGAGGCCUAGUGAUGGGUCUAGUCCUGACAGGCCAGAGAAGAGAGCCACAUCUUACCAGAUGCCCUUGGUGCAGUGUGCCUCAUCUGCACCAAGGGCUGAAGACUUGACUGAAGAACACAGAGCCCACCCUUAUGGAAGUGGGGCCUCGCAGGAUCAGAACUUCCCUGCCUACUUUCCUGCACUCACCUGUUUUUGGACUAUGCUUCAUUGGAACAUUUUCAGAUAG